AUGCCGCCCCAAAUCAAGCAGGACCUGAACCGAUCGGGCUGGGAGUCGACCGACUUCCCGUCCGUCUGCGAAUCGUGUCUUCCCGAAAACCCGUACGUCAAGAUGGUCAAGGAGGACUACGGUGCCGAGUGCAAACUGUGCACUCGGCCGUUUACCAUAUUCUCGUGGAACGUUGAUCGUGCCCAGGGCGGCAAGAAGCGAACCAUCAUCUGCCUCACCUGCGCGCGCCUCAAGAACUGCUGCCAGAGCUGCAUGCUCGACCUUUCCUUCGGCCUUCCCAUCGCCGUGCGGGAUGCGGCCCUGAAAAUGGUCGCGCCUGGCCCGCAAUCCGACAUCAACAGGGAAUACUUUGCCCAGAACAACGAGAAGCUCAUCGAGGAGGGCAAGGUCGGCACGGACGAGUACGAGAAGACGGACGACAAGGCACGCGAGCUUCUGCGUCGCUUGGCCGCGAGCAAGCCAUACUUUCGAAAGGGUCGGGCCGUGGACGAAUCCGAACUGACACAGGCCAGCGCCAUCGGUGCCGGUUCGGGCGGCCCGGGACCCGUCAGGACACGACAUACGCGGGCCGCCGUCGCCGCGGGCGCCAGGCCACGAGGCGGCCGAGGUCGACAGGCGUUCCCCAGCGCAGCUCUGCUGCCCCCGAGCCCCGGCGACUGGCUGCCGCCGGACGACCGAAACAUCAUGUCGCUGUUCGUGACGGGAAUCGAAGACGACCUGCCGGAGCACAAGCUCCGUGACCAUUUCAAGGCAUUCGGCAAGAUCAAGAGCUUGGUGUGCUCGCACAUGUCACACUGCGCAUUCGUCAACUACGAGACUAGAGAGGCGGCGGAGAAGGCGGCGGCGGCGUGCGAGGGUCGGGCGGUCAUUGCCGGAUGCCCCCUGCGGAUACGCUGGGGACAGCCGAAAGCGAUCGGGACGAUGGAUAGGGAGCAGCGGUCGCAGAUGUUGCGAGAUGCGCGCGUCGUCAAAGGAAAGGCGAGGAGUUUGGGUCACGGCGCGAUCGAGGGCGCGUCGCAGCAAGGCGCAGACGGGCACGCCGAGGCUCGAGCGGUGCCGCUUCCGCCUGGGGCGGACGAACCCAACUACGCAAGCCUUUCCGGCGAUUAG